AUGUCACCAGCUGAGGAUAAUAAGCUCAACGAGGGCUCUGACCUCGGUGACGGUGUUGACAUGAUUACCUUUAGCCAGAUUCUUGAGAUGGACGAUCCCGAUGACCAUGAUUUCAGUUCAUCUAUUGUCUUCGGCUUCUUUGAGCAGGCCGAAGAGACGUUCACUCAGAUCGACGAAGCUUUGGAGAAGAGAGACCUUGACAACCUGUCUUCCCUGGGUCACUUCCUGAAGGGCUCAUCGGCGACGCUAGGACUCGUCAAGGUUAGAGACGGCUGUGAAAAGAUUCAACGAUACGGAAAGCAUGAGAACGUUGACGGAACCCCCGAACCCGACGAACAGAUUUGCCUCGCGGGCAUCCAGGCGGCCUUUGAUGCAGUCAAGAAGGAUUACGCCGAGGUCGAGAAAGCUUUAAGAAAAUAUUACGAGGGGCUCGAGAAGAAUGACUAA